AAUCAGUACUUUACUGAUAAAAUCAGUACGUCUGGCAACCGUACUUUUGAGCCAUUUGAUUUUCUGUAAUUGGCUGCAUAAGUAAUUUCAAGCGACCGGAUAUUUUUAUAUGGACUGCAUUUCUUUAUUCAUUCUGAACGUUUGAAAUAAACAUUUUUGUUUAUUUAUUCUUUAGAAUGUUCUUGAUGAUACGUUGACGUAUACUUCAAAUGCAUUCUGUUUAUUCCGGCUGUAAAAUGGGAUUAUCCGGAAUGUAUAAAGAAACGCAGCCAUGAUAUUGGUUAGGCUUGCUGUGUGCUGUUAGAGUCAUGACACCUCCUUUACAAACAUUUUCAUUUAUGUUAACAGCGCUUGUAAAAAAAUUUUCACUUAAACUUUGCGCUGACAUUUAAUUUUCGAUUUUCAAUUGUGUUGGCGUAUUAUAAUGUUGCUACGGCGAGCAUUUACGACUUGCCAGUUUAGAAGAGCGUUUUGUUUUUCGCAAAAUAUAAUGCGGUCACCUCUAAGCUUUUUUGUCAUGCCAUAUGGUACUAUAUGUGCAAAAACAGACCUUAUCUUUUAACUUAAUCAUUGCUAAUUGAGUCUCUCUUAAACGCCAUAGCUCAGUUACAUAACUUAACCCGCGAUCAAUAAAUGGAAUGAACUGGUUUAAAAUAUUAGUUAAAUAAAAUUGUGACUGAGGAACACACAAAUUAUAUAAAAUGUAUGCAGCAGCAGGAGGGGCAUCGCUGGCGUCACGUCAAGCACGUCAACGACAACGUCAACAAAAACGAAACCAACAAUUACAAGCAAAACUCCAUCCACCAAAAUUAUCUGCGUUAUCGAUUAGCGAACAUGGCGCAUCAACUCCAACUCGCACCCAGUCACGUCAGUUCCACCAGCUGCCGAUCAACUAUCUGCGCACACCACAGACACAAACAAGGAAAUUAAGCGCCAGUUACACGGCACAAUCAAAACUUUUACUGCCUAUUGAUGAAAGUGAUAAUCAGUCAGUGUUGCAGAUGCGCGUACAAUAUGUGCAUUCUCAAAUGCACCAUUCUCAUAGUCAUGCGCAUCCUAUUCAACUACAUCCCUAUCCACAAAAUCAGUCCGCGCAUCAGCAGCAUCACUGCUACGAAGGCACUUCCCGUAACAUAGUUCAUCGACACUCAGGCAGUGGUGCUAGUAGCUUUCAUCAAUCUAAGCUUCCUAAGUCCGCCACAGCGACCUUACCACUCGUCUCACAAAUAGGAGCUACGCCGCCGACGACACCAUGUGGUGCGGCCGAAGGUACAACUACCACCACUACAAAAGUUGGGACGUCAUCUGCCGAUCAAUCUUUCAUUUAUUUAUCCCACCAUGAUGCAAUUAUUGUGACACCGGCCACGCCGAUGGCCUCGCCAGGGCAUGUAGGCAAACCACUACAACAGCAGGAGGAAAAACUAACGGAUACUUUUAUGGAAACCUGUACCACUCAGACUGAAGCUAUUGAAAAUGAUAAUCAUGUUACUGAUCCGUCAAUCGUUCCAUUAGAACGAAAGUGCAGCGUAUAUCGCAUGCGACGAAAUGAACCCCACCGAUAUGAGAACGCGAGCGCUGUUGGCAGUAUGAGCAGCAGCGUUAGACGGCAGCUGAAGGAUCUGCAGUUUAAUCAACAACAACAGUAUGAACCACUCCUCAGCAACGAGUCGCAUCUUUGUUAUAAGGGACUAGCGAAUGGGCGCAAAUUGCAAAUAUGUGCUUACUGCGAGGAGGGCAUUUGCGUAUGUGAACAUAUUGAGAAAUAAAUGGCUAAAGAGCAAGUUCUACUCCAGCUCCUGCAUUAUUGCUGUG